AUGGGAAACACUAAGACUGACUGGCCAGAGGAGGAACAUAAGCCCGCCAAGGCAUCUGAGAAGAAAUGGUUGGAAGGGGAGAAAGAGAGCCAGGAGAGAAUGAGUCGUAGAAGCUCCUGCCAUCAAGAAGUAGGGUCCAUUUCCUUGUUCUCGGGCUGGCCAUGCGACUUGCUUUUUUACCAGUACAGUGAAGAGGAAGUGAUAGUGUACCAGUUCCGAAGGCCUUGUGUACUUCUACCCUGUCUCACUCGAAAUCCCGCCUGGCUACCAGGAGGACAAGCCCAUGUUCACUCGCUGGGUCAGCUGUCUCCAAUCCUGAGGUCAUCACUCAUCAAGAGGGGAUAAUCCCAAGGACAGCAGGACCUGCUUCAUCACUUGGAUUUAGGAGUGAGAAACCCAUCAGGCAACUAAACAGUAACAAUGACCCACCAUUAAACACACUGAGAGAAGUGCAUGAUGAGGAGAUUGUACGAGAAGAAUCCCGGAGCUCUUGCUGACAACGCCUAUGGAGACGCUGACCACUGUGAGCUCUGCCCAUUGAACUGCAGUAAAAAAUCUCCCCCUCCCCAGAGAUGCUUGGAUGCAGGCACAAUAUCAGUUCAGACAAUGGUCUGUGUGUGGACUUAGAGUGGAAAGAAUUUGGACUGUGGGGUAAACAGACCUGGGUCUGAACUGUUAUUCUGCCACUUCCGUGUAGUAUGUUUUAGCAGCA